GUUCGGGGUGUGUGUGAAGAGAUCGGUCACCUGAGAAAGGUUGCUGUGCUCGAUCAUUUCACUGCUCUGCAGAAGGCACUUUGGUGGGUCACAACAUGAGCCAAUGGGAGUCCCUGUUAAAGUUAACUGGACAAUUCCAGGACAACCUCAUGGGGCUCUACAGUGAGGAGCUUCUACCUGUGGAGGUGCGGCAGUAUCUGGCAGCGUGGAUUGAAUCACAAGACUGGAAGCUGGCAGCAAGAGAUCAGUCGUUGGCCAGUGUCCACUUCCAGAAUCUGUUGGAACAUCUGGACAUGCAAUAUAGUUAUUUUAGCAUGGAACAGAACAUACUACAAACGUACAACUUUCGCAGGUUCAAGCAUGAUAUGCAGAGCCGAUACCAGGAAAAGCCAAAGAACCUGGCCGAACAAAUCCGUGAUAUUCUGCAGCAGGAGAAACAAAUUCUCGUAGAAUCUCAAGAAAUGGAGAUUCAAAAUGGGCAAGUGGUGCAAGAACCAGUGGAGACAGGAAAGCAAUAUGAAAUUGACCAACGAGUUAGGAAAGUAAAAGAGCGCAUCCAGUCUGUUGAUCAGGAAGUGAAGUUUCUAGAAGAACAGCAGGAAAUGUUUGACUUCAGAUAUCAAAUGUUCCAGAGAGAAUUACAGUCUGGAAAACUCCAAGAUAAUUACAUCAAGUUGAAGACGCAGGAGGUGCAAGUGCAACUGAAUGAGCUGGACCGAAAACGCAAGGAUGUCCUGAGUCAGAUAAGGGAGCUGCUCGGUCUGUGCGAGACCCUUCAUGGUUUUCUGCUGGAAGAAUUAAAUGACUGGCUUCGGAGGCAAAAGUUAGCAUGCAUUGGAGCUGACGCAAACACCUGUCUCAAAAACCUGGAAGGCUGGAUGACAAAGACAGCAGAAGUAUUUUUCCAUCUGAGACGUCUUUUACAUCUUCUAAGUGAGCUUUCAAAACAGUUAACAUAUGAAAACGACCCUCUGAAGACUGAGCCACAAACCUUGCAAUAUAGGCUAAAUGAAAUGUUGCAUAGUCUUCUACAGAUAUCUUUUGUGGUGGAUAGGCAGCCAAUUAUGCUGUACCCUUGCAGACGAGCAUUGGUGUUAAAGACCAGCACACAGUUCUCCGUAAGAGCCAGACUUCUCGUGAAUCUAAAUGAACUCAAGCACAACGUAAAGGUUUCAUACAAAAUUGAUAAGAAUCCACCUAAUAUUAAAGGAUUUCGUAAAUUUAAUUUGCUCGGACCAGUAGAGAAGUCUUUAGAAGAUGUACAACGAGAAGGGUUAUUGGUAGACUACAAACAUUUGACACUGAAAGAACAAAAGGCUGGAGGUGGAGGAAAAGGUGGGAAAGGUGCAACUGAUGGAGCACUCUGUGUCAUGGAGGAGCUACACAACAUUACAUUUACCACAAAUUUUGAUUAUGAAGGUGUCAAGUUGACUUUAGAGGCUGUUACCUUACCAUUUGUUGUAAUCUCCAACCUCAGUCAAUUCACAGGAGCAUGGUCUCAGACGGGCACAGUAUCUUGCAGCCGCGGCCGCAAGGAUUUGACAUUUUUCUCCAACCCUCCAGCUGCCCCUUGGUCUCUCCUGGCUAAUGCUCUUAGCUGGCAAUUUUCAUGCUGCACUGAGCGUGGUUUGAAUCCAGAUCAGCUGCAAAUGUUGGAAAAGAAGCUGUGUGGUUCAGUAUCUAAAGAGGAGAAUGCGGUAACUUGGGUCAAGUUCUCAAAAGAAAACAUGCCCCGAGCUUCAUUCACCUUUUGGGUAUGGUUUGAUGCCAUUGUGAUGCUUGUUACAGGACAUAUGAAGAACAUUUGGAAAGAUGGCCAUGUGAUGGGAUUUGUAAGCCGCGGCAUAGAGGACUCUCUUCUGAAAACAAUGCAGCAGGGUACUUUCCUGCUCCGUUUUAGUGAGAGCAUGCGUGAUGGUGGCAUCACAUGUUCCUGGGUGGACCACCAGCAGGAUGGAAGCUACUCUAUCCGCUCUGUGCAGCCAUAUACAAAGAGGGAGCUAUCGCACAUCCCCCUCACUGAGAUUAUUCGCAACUACCAACUUUUAGCAGAGGAAAACAUCCCCGAGAACCCACUGAAAUAUCUCUACCCUAACAUCCCCAAGGAUGAGGCCUUUGGGAAAUACUAUGAGCAGAGAAGUGAGCUAACGCUGGAAUAUCAGAAGUACUUGAAGCGCAGGCUGAUCAUUGUUUCUGAAAGAAACAUCGAUGAUUCACAGAGCAGUAUUGCUUCUGGAACCCCACAACACUUUGCUGAAACACCACAAUAUGACCCUGGGACACCCAUGCAUGACAGCGACCCUUUCCAAAAUUCGUUGGACAUGGAUCUGAAUAAUCUCAUUGAUGGUUUCAAGAUAGAAGAUCUCCUUAUGGAUCAUACCAGUGACCCCAUGUUUUCAGGCCCUCAAGUGGAAUCUAGCGAGUUGCUCCAUGACUCUUUUAAUGCUUACCAGUGA